AUCCUUUAUGGGUAUUUCCUGUGAACUCAAAGAUUCGUCAAAGGCUCAUCACUUUUUAUGACUUUAGAAAAUGGCGACCGUCGGCACACUUACCUCUUCUCCCGUUCCAACCUCGACGGCCCAUUUCCAGUUCGGCAAGGAUGCUGCUCCUGUCGAAACAAAGCCUAUUUCUCAGUCAAAUAAGGCUAUUAUGAUGUCUGAGCGUGUUGCUUUCGAUCCUUCCAAGCACUUGAACUUCACACCACCCUCGAAAGUGCAUACCAUGACCGAGCUUGGGUAUUCUGAAAGGCAUGGCAUCUCUCCUAUUGGUGUCUCUGAGCCUUUCCCACUGUUCUCUGCCGAGGCUAUUCAGCACAUGAGAGACGAGGUGUUGAGUGACGAAGUUUUUGCCAAACAUCGGUAUUCCAGUGAUUUGGCCCCUUGUCAGUUGAGAGGGUUUGCAUCAGAAUGUGCGCCUUUCGUCUAUGACGCCUGGAAGAACCCCGAGACUCUCGCUAUCAUCUCCAAAAUAGCCGGAGUUGACCUUGUGCCUGCCAUGGACCUCGAAAUUGGACAUGUGAACAUCUCCGUCAACAGCGAGGAGGAAAAGGCCAGGGCACUGACUGCCGCAGUGGAGGAAAUUAACCGCAAGGCUGAUGAGGGUGUUUCAGGAUGCCCUUGGGAAGGCGACAAGCCCAUCGUUGAUUGGCACACUGACAGCUAUCCAUUUGUCUGUGUGACCAUGCUUUCAGACUGUACGGAUAUGAUUGGAGGAGAGACCGCGUUGCGAAAGGGGGACGGUGACAUCGUCAAAGUUCGAGGGCCGCAGAUGGGAUCCGCAGUUAUCCUGCAAGGACGAUACAUUGAGCACCAGGCCCUCCAUGCUUUGGGAACGACGGAGAGAAUUUCCAUGGUAACCUCAUUCCGGCCACGGUCCUCUUUGGUCAAAGACGAUACAGUCCUCACCACAGUGCGCCCAAUCUCGGACCUGGGAGAAUUGUACCACCAAUUUGCCGAGUAUCGCUUUGAGAUGCUCCAGGACCGAUUUCAAGAUGCAAACAAGUUCAUGCGUGACCAGAAGCGAGCAAGACGCCCGUUCGACACCCGUGGCCUGAAGCAGUUUAUUCGUGAACAGAUUGAGUUUUUGGAGCAUAUGGAAAGAGAGGUUGUCGAUGAUGACAAGGUCCAGAAAGGUGUCAUCCAUAACAGCCACUUGGUUUCGGAAGACCUCAAGCACAAAUCCAAGAAGCGUGCUUUGUCUGCGGUGGAAUAGGCAGGUCCUGGACUAACGCUACAUAAUAAUAAUAAUGAUUCGAAUGUCUCUUGUUGCUUGGUGCUUUGCGGGCUAGCGUUUCAGAGUUUGUUGCAUGCUGGGCCAUCGGUUUUUCGUUGCUUGGCUCAUUCCUGUUUAUGCAGUGCUUUUGGCGUUUGUUGCUUGGGAAAUUGUUGUUCAGCGUUUUUACUGAGAUAGAUAUUUAGCGACAUAGAUUUUGAACGACCUUUUAUUUCUUGCAGUUUAACCUCUUGAUGGAAGUGAAUUCCGUAUGAAGUCUAAGCUUUUUGACCAUUUGACGGGACCUGCUGCGUGGUUGUCUUUGGACAUUUGUGUCCGACAGACGUUUGGUGACUGAUCAGCGAUGAAAACUCUCUACCUAGGUCUUUCGGAAUAGAAAGGAGAAAGUGGCCUGUUU